AUGGCCUGUGAGAUUUUGAUGGAGCGAGGAUCAAUCAAAUAUUUGGAAGCUCUCGUGUCAGUUGGUGCAGUUAAAGUGGACGGAAUUGGAGUGAAGAUUGCCGAGAGGCUGAGAGAGUCCGGAAUCGUAAUCGUCUUGGGAAACGUUGUCUUCCUAAGGCCUGAGCAGAUAACAAAAGCCAUCCAAAGCCUUAUUCCUCUAGCGGGAGCCAACUCGAGUCAUCAGCGACAAAAGGAGUUGGAGGAGAUGGAGAAGCAGAAGGCGGCCAUUGACAAGGAGGCCGAUGUCUUGGUGUGCCAGGAACUCUGGUGUGGGCUGGGAUUGUUGGUGGUCCAGACAGCUAGGUGCAUGAGGCUAACAUUUUGGGAGCUGUCAUGGGAUGUGAUGGUGUCUGGAGCGACGACAGCUAGGGUUUUCAGAAUAUAAGAUGAUCAAGAGAGAGAGAUAGCGUAGUGAGAUAACAGGAAACCGGGUACUGGGUUCUUAAUCCGGUACCCGGAUUUUAAAUCCAUACCCGGACCGCAUAGGUCCAGGUUUUGCAAUCCGGGCUGGAACCCAGAACCAAAAUCCGGUAAAACCGGAU